CGGACGUUAGUCUAAGAAAGUUGAAAACGACUUAAGUGCCCAACAGUACGGGAUCGAGGAUUCUGGGUAUUUUUGUAAAUCGUUGACUUCGUCCCAAAGUUAUAUGUUGAAUGCUUGCUGUAUGCGAUGUAUUGUUUUAGGUUUUCGGGAAACAUCAGAGAACAAGACAGAAAGAUGCCUGUUUCUUUUGGAAUGUAUAUUCUAAUAGGGCGGGGGAGGGAAGUACGAAUAAAGAAUAAAUGAAUUUCACAGUUAUGUUAGAGGGUGGUGAAUGCUAUGAGGAAGAAGUAGAGCAGUGGCAUGGGGGGAUGACAUUAGAUCUAAAUGCUACUGGAAUAAAUGGAGGAAUGAAAUUAAGCAAAGCCAUGAAGGAGGCAAGGGAAUGAGCCGUGUGGCUAUCUGGAGGAAGAGUAUUUACAGCAUGUGGAAAAGUGUGAUCAGCACUGGAAAAGAUGCCAGCCCCAGCUGCCGCAUAUGAAAGAAUAGUUUACAGAAAUCCCUCUGAGCACCACUACAUGAAAGUCCACCUAGAAUUUCAAGAUCAUGGCAUUGGACUGAAUGCUGCACAGUUCAAACAGCUGCUUAUUUCAGCCCUGAAAGACCUGUUUGGAGAGGUUGAUGCUGCUUUACCCUUGGACAUUCUAACCUACGAAGAGAAGACCUUGUCAGCCAUCUUGAGAAUAUGCAGCAGUGGUCUUGUCAAAUUGUGGAGCUCUUUGACCCUGUUAGGAUCCUAUAAAGGCAAGAAAUGCGCUUUCAGAGUGAUUCAGGUUUCUCCAUUUCUCCUUGCAUUAUCUGGUAACAGUAGAGAACUAGUAUUGAAUUGAGUAGUCUUCAAUUUCAGAAGUAUUCCUCGCUCUCAAAAGUACAUUUUGGUGCCAGCAUAAUGUGUGAAGACUGAAACAGCCUAAAAGCUCCUGUUGAUGGAAUUUGAGACCUCUGAAGAUGCUCCCAGUAAUUUCUAGCCAUUGCCUUGGGUGGGGUAGGCUUCAGAGGAGUAUCUGCCUGAACCAAGCAGUGCUAAACAGGCAGCACUUACAGCGUGUGCACAUCAGAGUUGGAGACCGGGCUGAACUCAGUAGGGCCUUCACACAGAGGGAUGUGGCUAUCUUCUCAGAAUUAACAGGGGAUGUCAAUCCUUUACAUUUGGAUGAAGAUUUUGCAAAACACACCAGAUUUGGAAAGACGAUUGUACAUGGAGUUUUGAUCAAUGGACUUAUUUCAGCUCUCCUAGGUACUAAAAUGCCAGGGCCAGGCUGUGUAUUUCUUUCCCAGGAAAUUAACUUUCCAGCGCCUUUAUAUGUUGGGGAAGUUGUUUUAGCUUCUGCAGAAGUGAAAAAGCUGAAGCGGUUCCUUGCUAUUAUUGCAGUGUCAUGUUUUGUACUAGAAAGUAAAAAGACUGUUAUGGAAGGCUGGGUUAAAGUUAUGGUCCCAGAAGCUCCCACAUCCUGAAAUAUGUCUUUAAAGAUGCAAGUUCAGA